UGAAGAUACACGUGCUUCCAACCACCCCACACCGCCCUCUCUAGUCCGACCGCCCAGCCCACCACAUCACCAACGAAAUGGCCUUCGGCCACAACCCCAUGAUCCGGGACCUCAACGCACUCUCCCUGCAAGCUCCACACAUAAACCCGAACACGCAACAAGCCUCCGAUCUUCUCUCCCUCUCUCCAUCAUUCUCCUCCUGGAUCCUACAUCACCAAAAUCUCGAAGAGCUACAGAUGCUCUCAGGCUUCGAAGCUGUUCCUGGAGUGUCGCCGAACGCUUUCUAUGGAAACUUCGAACAGUAUCACUCUUUUCAGAAGGCCUGAAAAGGUUUAAUGGGGGUGCGAAGAAACGGCUCAUGUGGAGCAUGACGGAAAAGGCUUCAAA